AUGGCUAAGUAUUGCACAAAUUUAAAAAAAUUCCUAUUAUUGGCACUGUACAAUGUUUCAUUUGUACCGCGAAAAGCUAGAUUCUGUUCACCCAAAACUCUCACUAAUGCUAUUAAACGCUUUAGUAUUUGCUGCCAAUAUGCUUUAAGAAGAUCAGUUGAAAGUUCAACUAGUAAUCAACAAUAUGAUUUACGAUUAAGAGAAAUAAUAAACAAUUGUUCCAAUGGGGACGAAUAUGAAAAGAAACAUUUCACAAUCGAUAAUAUCAAGGCAUAUUUACAUGGAAAAGAAUUGCAGAGAAAAGUGAGUCUCACUCCAUCGAUGGUGUUUCCAUCACAACCAGAUGAUUUCAAAAAACACAUAAGCCCAACAUGUAGUAAUAUUUGCAAUGCAAGUUUUUCAGAUAUUCAUGAAAGUCAUGCUGCUUCAGAAGUGGUUACUUCUGAAAAUCAAGUUUUAAACCCAACAUGUAGUAAUAUUUGUAAUGCAAGUUUUGCAGAUAUUCAUAAAAGUCAUACAGCUUCAGAAGUUGUUACUUCUGAAAAUCAAGUUUUAAACCCAACAUGUAGUAAUAUUUGUAAUGCAAGUUUUACAGAUAUUCAUCAAAGUCAUACAGCUUCAGAAGUUGUUACUUCUGAAAAUCAAGUUUUAAACCCAACAUGUAGUAAUAUUUGUAAUGCAAGUUUUGCAGAUAUUCAUAAAAGUCAUACAGCUUCAGAAGUUGUUACUUUUGAAAAUCAAGUUUUAAAAUAUUUGGAAAAUGGCUAUGAAUCUAUGCUUAACCUUAAAAGAGCUGCGUAUGUUUAAUAAGUUAUUUUAUAUCUAAUUGAUGAUUAACCAAUUUGUAUAGAUUAUUUCUAUACAUUUAAUGUGUCAUUACUUUAAUAAGUUAUAUUUAAAUAAUAACUUUAAAUAAGUGUUAUUUUAAAGUUAUUACAUGAAUUUUGUAUAUAAU